AUGUUCACUUAUAUCUAUCUAUCUAUCUAUCUAUCUAUCUAUCUAUCUAUCUCAUUAUGUUCAUUAUCUAUCUAUCUAUCUAUCUAUCUAUCUAUCUAUCUAUCUAUCUAUCUAUCUGUGACGUCGCCCCCUGGUCGCAGCGCCAACUGUGACCCUCUCCUUUUCUUCUUUUCUUUCUUUUCUUUUUCUGCCUCGUUAAAUGGUGCCACAAUCUAUCUAUCUAGCUAUCUAGCUAGCUAUCUAUCUAUCUCAUUAUGUUAUCUAUCUAUCUAUCUAUCUAUCUAUCUAUCUAUCUCAUGUUCAUUAUCUAUCUAUCUAUCUAUCUAUCUAUCUAUCUAUCUAUCUCAUUAUGUUCAUUAUCUAUCUCAUUAUGUUAAUUAUCUAUCUAUCUAUCUAUCUAUCUCAUUAUGUUCAUUAUCUAUCUAUCUAUCUAUCUAUCUAUCUCAUGUUCAUUAUCUCUCUAUCUAUCUAUCUAUCUAUCUAUCUCAUGUUCAUUAUCUAUCUAUCUAUCUAUCUAUCUAUCUCAUUAUGUUCAUUAUCUAUCUCAUUAUGUUAAUUAUCUAUCUAUCUAUCUAUCUCAUUAUGUUCAUUAUCUCUCUAUCUAUCUAUCUAUCUAUCUAUCUAUCUAUCUAUCUCAUGUUCAUUAUCUAUCUAUCUAUCUAUCUAUCUAUCUAUCUAUCUAUCUAUCUAUCUGUCUGUCUGUAUGUAUUAGGAUAUAAUACCGAAAAAAUUCUGUUCCUUAUCUAUCUAUCUAUCUAUCUAUCUAUCUAUCUAUCUAUUUAUCUAUCUAUCUAUCUUACUAAACCUGAUUGUUAUCUAUCUAUCUAUCUAUCUAUCUAUCUAUCUAUCUAUCUAUCUAUCUAUCUAACAAGAUUCACCUAUGAAACUCUGGAUUACUCCUAUGUAUAUUUUUCUUCGUUCUCUGCUGAUUUAAACAACUCAAUUUGUUCCCAUCUAUCUAUCUAUCUAUCUAUCUAUCUAUCUAUCUAUCUAUCUAUCUAUCUAUCACUCCGACUGUUUAUUAUUUACAUGUCUAUCUAUUACUUCUGGUUCUAUCUAUCUAUCUAUCUAUCUAUCUAUGUUGUUUUAUCUUUCUUUCUGUCAAUAUCUCUGUUCCUAUCUAAUUCAUAUCUAUCUAUUUAUAAAAUUUCAUUAUCUAUCUAUCUAUCUAUCUAUCUAUCUAUCUAUCUAUCUAACAUUACUUAUUUGACCAUUGACUUACAAAUAAACCCAUAA